AAUCACGAGAAACAGAAGUCAUUUGGCCGGAAAUUAACUCCGCCCUCCUCUGUCUCUCUCUCCCUCCGCCAUAAAUAGCCUACAGUUUCCACUUCGAAUUCGAACCCACGCCUUCUGCCUCCCCCGCAUCGCAGAGAAAGCUCGAGGGUUGCCAUGGCGUCGCACUCCUAAUCGCAGCUCUCCUGCUCUUGGAUUUUGGGUCUUUCUCUGGUUCGAGGUGUUCCUUCCUUCUUGUAAGAUUGUUUGCAGAGAUGGCGGCCACGAAAUGGAGUUCGCAGACCAGCGGCUACGAGACAGCGAUUUGGGCCACCAAAAUCGCUUUUUGCUUCCUCGGCGUCGUCUCUUGCGGCGCCGCCGCCAGGGCUGCUGUCCCCGCCGCCGCUGAAGCCCUGUCCUCCGCCCUCCCGGGCUUUUGCGCCUCCCUCCGCUCCUGGCUCGCGCCGCCGUACCUCCUCAUCGCCGUCCAUUUCAUUAUCCUCGCCAUCUGGAAGCUCUCCGAUCAGAUGCAGCACCGCGAGCAAUGGGCGGUGGAGGAGAGGACGGCGGAGCCCGGGAGUCCCAGAAGGUUCAAGGCUUUCGAGCCCGCGCCUACUGCUGGCCUUCUCCGGGGGCCCUCGCCGGGUAUCUUGCCGCCUCCGACGACCAUGGCGACUCCAGCACCGGAUCCCGAUGAGCGCUCGCCGUCCGAAGCAUCGUGCCUCACGGCGGAGUCCGGCGAGAGGUCCACGGCUUCGUCGGCGCUUGCGAGCAAGAGGAGCGUCGAACCGGAGUCCCAGAGCAGCAUGACGACAGUGGAAGAGGAGGACGAGGCGGUGGCGGUGGCGGAGACAGAGAUCGAGUCGACGGAUGCCGCGAGGAAAAUGAUCGGGGAGCAGUCGCCUCCACCGCCACAGCCACCGGCGGCGUCCGCGAGCCACGACGAGUUGAACCGGCGAUUCGACGAUUUCAUCAAGAAGAACCGGGAGCAGAUCCGGCUUCUCAGUAGCCGGCGGUGGCAGUAGAAGAUGGAAAAGGCAAAUGCACGUCAACUGAUCUCCAUCUCCUCCAUCAUCUUCUUAAUAGCUCUUUAAAACCCUUCCAAUACUAAAAGAUGCUAACUUGAGAAAAGAUGAGAACUCACAUUGUCUGAUCUCAUCAAAAUGGCUGUCCACUAUGCUACUAUGUUUGUGUGAGGAUAAAAGGAUCAUUGUUAACCUUAUCCCCAUCAUUUCCUGUAAUGUCAAAUUUGUUAGAAUCAUAAAACCUCAGUUUUUGUGAUUGUUUA